AUGAAGUUCUCUAUUGCCGCCGUCAGCGCCUUCGUCGCUUAUGCUCUCGCUAAGCCCGCCCUCACCAACACUGAUUUCAACAUUCAGGAGGGUGUUGAUUAUACCCUCGAGUGGAAGGAUGCCACUGGUCCCGUCACCAUCUACCUGAUGGAUGGCCCUGACGAGAAGUCCAUGAAGCCCUUCAAGACUAUUGCUUCCGGUGUCGAUGGUGACUCGUACACCUGGACUCCUGAGGAUCUUCCUUCCGGCACUUAUGCCUUCAAGAUUACCGAUGGUGACUCUAAGGAAGACGAGAACUACAGUGUCCGCUUUCCCUAUGUUGGCAGUGCCGUUGCCACCAGCAGCGCUUCGAGCACGCUGAGCACUAUCACCAAGACCAGCACCUCUACCAAGGUCUCCUCCAUUGAUGAGUCGAGCACCGUUGAGUCUAGCUCCGCUGCCUCCAGCACUGAUGCUAGCAGCACUGUCACCUCUGCCGCUUCAUCCGCUGUCUCCACCACCACCAGCACCCGUGCUGCUUCUGCUACCGAACCUGCCGCUAGCGACAGCCCCCCCAACACCAACAAUGCUGAGCGUUUCGCUUCUCCUCUAGCGCUCAUCCUCGGAACCGUCGCCGCCCUUGUCUUCUUCAACUAA